AUGUCGACCAAUAUCAAAGGUCUUUUGGAAGGUCUUCGAUACAUUUCUCAAAUAUUCGAUUCGAAAGGCAGCAGAAAAGAGAAUUCUUCGUGUAGGGACCUAUCCGAUAUUCCAAAAUCCUCAAGACGCCGUUCUUCGAAAGAAGGUUCAUCGGAUUCCCCGAAAAAGAAAGAUUCAUCAUCCAGAGGCAAAUCAAGACGACACUCCAAGGACUCGUCUGAAGGCAGCGGUAAAUCCAGUCGACAACACCAGGAAGUAGACCAAGGAUCAACCGACUCGUCCUCAUCUUAUCUCCCAGAAAUUCCCAAGAAAUCACGCAGAAUGAAGUCUAAAGAGUCAAUAAGUGGUGGAUCGACCCAAUCAAGAGUGAAAGGCUCCUCGUCCUCCAAUCCUGGAUCCCCUUGCAGUGAGCCGAAUCAAACUUCAAGUGUAAAGCCAGUUAUAGAGGAAGAUCAAGACAAGAAAAACAGUGAUGGAUGUUGA